AUGGAAGAAGAAGAAGGAGAAGAGUGGGCCUGGCUGUACCAACGUGCGCGCUGGCUUGCACGCACAUUGCUGCAGAAUGGCCAAUCGAGUUCUCCGGCUCGCCGCCGCUAUGCUCUGGCUUAUCCUGCUGCCUCCAGACCCACUGCUGCUGAGUUAGAAGCAGCAGCAGCUGAAGUUUCGCAGGCAGAAAUAGAUGAGCUGUCGAAGGCCUGGCGCGGCAUGUAUCGCCGAGGGGAGUGGCCGGCCGAGAACAAGUAUCAGAUCGUCUCGACCGAGGACGUCGACUUGCCGCAGAUCGAAGCCGCAGGCCAGCUUUGA